AUGACCACCGACUACCCCUACCCCAUGGCUCAGUGGCCGGCGCAUCUCGCGCAAAUGGCCGAGCCCCAAUUGAUGACCCAAGAAGAACUCGACCAGCAAGUCUUGAUGGCUGCAGGCUUUCCCAUGCAAACCGACUUUGAGCAAUACCUCCCGCAGUUGGAUCAAAUGGAUCAAAUGGACUGGAACAGUGAAAUGGCCAGCAAACAAGUGUUUUUGCCACCGUAUCCCCAGUCAUGGUACGAGGCCGGCCUUGUCAAUGACCAGCGAAAGCAGCUAGAAGCUUCAUGGAGGAACAGCUUCAUGCAGGAAUAUCAAAAUCAAACCAUGACACCCACAGCCACCCACCACGACACCGAAAAUAACCUCCUCUCCCAAAGUGCCAGCGAAAGGGCCCUCUUCAUGACCCCACCGGCUCAGUCUCACUAUUACCCGACCUUUCCAGGCUCCCCGAUUUCCGAACUCUGCAGCACCCCCGAAAUGUCUCACUCGUCGCGCUGGGAAUCCGACGAGGACAAAGAGAGAGAGAGGGAGAGGGAAAGAGAAACCUAUACUUCAAGUUCAAGUUCAAGCUCAAGUUCCCGAUCGCCCUACACAGCCCCAGAUCCCCGACCGAAAAAUGAAGGGGAUUAUUUCUCGCCCACGCGCGGGGUAGACGGGGUGCAUGGACAUGCGCAUGUGGAUGAGUCGGAGAGUGAGACUAUCCUGGAAAUGCCCGAUGGCACCACCCGCCGCACGGCAAAUUGGCUACCCGUUGACUCAAGCGCUGGCUUCACAAUCGGCCCGGAACAGAGGGGCUUUUAUCGAGAUCCUUCGCAGAUGGACGAGUUUCAGGAUAUGCAGGGUGCUUUCUUUAUGAGCCCUGCCAGAUGA